AUGAAGCCCCAUUUUAUAUUUCUCGCUUUGUUAGCGGUGGCUAAUGCUGGCUUCUAUGAUAGUGCAUGUCCUGGAAAACGCUUAUCAAUAGGUGCCUGUUUGGCAGGCCUAUGUCCUGCUGGUUCGGAAUGCAUUGGCAGUUUUUGUUGUAAAACGAAGAAGGUUGAAUCCGAAUGCAUCUCCGAUACUUGCCCUGAUGGCUAUAUCUGUGAGGACAUGAAGUGUUGUAAAAUCAUUAACAACAUCCGUGUGUUUACCCUGCGACCUGUGAAAAUUAGCGAAGCCACUAAACUCCUAACAACAGAACCUCCUACUACUGAAAGCUCUGGAAGCGAGGAAGAGCUACUAACAAAUAACGUGACUCAACCCGAUGAAUCGGAUGAGAAUGAGAUCGAACAGCUAAAGAAGGAAUACCAAAAACUAAAAGAAUUAUUGGAAAAGAAGAUGAAAUCGAAAUGGAUUACUACUACGCGGGCCACAACUGAAGAGACUACGGUUCCCUCGACGACAACAGAGGAAGAAGUUAGGAAAGAAGAAUCCUCGGAAGAAGCCGUAGAGCCCACUGAAAAGGAGGAAAAGGAAAAAUCGGAGGAGCUUGAGGACACGACUGAAGCUCCGACGAGCACUACCAGACUGGUGCUGAGGAAGUUGUCGCCAACAACGACAUCUACCUCCACUACCACGACCACUACACCAACCACAACUACAGAAGAGGAAGAAACAACUACUGAAGAUGAGAAACUUCUAUGCCCAGUUGGAGGGCCCAUCGGAGAAUGCAUCAGUAAUCAAUGUCCGGAGGGUCAUACCUGCUAUAACAACUAUUGUUGUAUUCUGACACCGGAACUCAACUGCACCGAUAGCCUGAAUAAUUGCAAGCAGGAGCUCUGUGAUCGCCGUGGUUAUAAAGAUUUUAUGACUCGUCAAUGCGCGAAGACCUGUGCCCGCUGUCAUUUUAUUCUGGGCGAAAAGAUUGAAUGCCGUGACCGAAGGACAGAUUGUGCUGAAUGGGCUGCCGAAGGUUUUUGUCAAUCCACCCUCUACACCACUCGCCAAAAAAUGAAAUUCUGUGUCCGUAUUACCUCUCCACAAUUCCCGUGUGUGAUCCACAUUCCGUGUUUUCUUCUG